AGAAACUACAAGGAGUUAGGUUCCUCUGACAAAGGUAGUCAGAAUCGAUCACACAGCUUUUCUUUCGUACUUCGCUUUCUCAGAGGUUCCUGUGUUCUCAGAGUAUUUGCGGUUGCGGAGCACAGCAUCAGCUGUAAACAAAGAAUGGAUCAUCAAGGGCAUGGCCAAAACCCAUCCAUGGGGGUUGUCAGUAGUGGGGCUCAACUAACGUAUGGUUCCAAUCCGUACCAGCCAAACCAAAUGACUGGGGCACCAGGGUCAGUUGUUACAUCGGUUGGGAACAUGCAAAGCGGUCAACCUGCUGGAGCUCAACUGGGACAACAUCAACUUGCUUAUCAGCAUAUUCAUCAGCAACAACAGCAGCAACUUCAGCAACAACUACAGGCUUUUUGGGCAAAUCAAUACCAAGAAAUUGAGAAGGUAACUGAUUUCAAGAACCACAGUCUCCCCUUGGCAAGGAUCAAGAAGAUUAUGAAGGCUGAUGAGGAUGUUAGAAUGAUAUCGGCUGAGGCACCUGUCAUAUUUGCAAGGGCAUGCGAAAUGUUCAUUUUAGAGUUAACCCUGCGUUCUUGGAAUCACACUGAAGAGAACAAAAGAAGAACCCUUCAGAAAAAUGAUAUUGCUGCUGCAAUCACGAGGACCGAUAUCUUUGAUUUCUUGGUUGAUAUUGUGCCUCGUGAGGACUUGAAAGAUGAAGUGCUUGCAUCGAUCCCAAGAGGAACAAUGCCUGUUGCAGGGCCAGCUGAUGCAAUGCCUUACUGUUAUAUGCCGCCUCAACAUGCACCCCAAGUUGGACCUGCAGGUGUCAUAAUGGGUAAGCCUGUGAUGGACCCAAAUAUGUACGCUCAGCAAUCUCAUCCCUACAUGGCUCCACAAAUGUGGCCGCAGCCGCCAGACCAACGACAAUCAUCUCCGGAUCACUAGCUGCUACAUUGUGAUUGUGACAUUCAAGUUAAGGUUGCUACCGAGUGCAGGGGUGGUUUGGAAGGUCCAUAACGAUCAGAAUUCGUAGCUGAAGAUAGUUUAAAUGCAAUGCAGACCCUAAACAUAUGUAGAUAUUGUGCUAGUUUAAACUAAAAUUAUCUUUGGUUAAGCUGGUUAAGAUGGUGUAUUUCUUAAUCUUCUGGUUUUCAGAUUAUAGAUGGAAUACAGGAUCCAAUUUUUACUUAUAUGUAGCAACGUUAUAAACUUGAACACUUAGGAUCAAUGCCAUCUCUAUUAUUAUCUUCA